AUGAUCGGUGAAUUGGAUGGAAUGGAGGCGAGUUGUUCGAGAAAUCCUCUGGAAGAACGAUCGCCGAAUACACCGCGACAAAUUGGAGGUGCCGACAACAGUCAAUUGUACGUAUGUCAAAAGUGCGAACAACCGAUCAGGGAACGCUUUGUGAAUAGAGUGCUUGAUUGUUCUUUUCAUUCCGAAUGUCUACGCUGUAUUUCAUGCGAUGAAAAGCUUUCAUCAACGUGUUAUCUCAAAAACGAGCAAUUCUUUUGCAAAGCUCAUUUCUUUCGUAAAUAUGGAACAAAAUGUAGUGGUUGCAAAGAAGGAAUCGAACCAGAAAGUGUUGUUCGAAAAGCAAACAAUCACAUUUUUCAUGUCGACUGUUUCAAAUGUGUCAUUUGUAAAAGAGGAAUGGAAACAGGCGAUGAGUUCUAUUUAAUCCCAUCGGAUGGACGAAUCGUUUGCAAGAAUGAUUAUGAGUUGGCCAAGAAUAAAACACCAGAUUCCGAGAUGGAGUCAACAAAUAAGCGGCCAAGGACGACGAUCUCUGCGAAGAGUUUAGAGACAUUGAAGCAGGCUUAUCAUGCCAGUUCGAAGCCAGCUCGCCACGUUCGUGAACAACUCGCUGCUGAAACUGGGCUUGACAUGAGGGUUGUGCAGGUUUGGUUUCAAAACCGACGUGCAAAGGAGAAACGCUUGAAGAAGGACGCGGGAAGGAGAUGGGGAAUUGAUGAAUUAGGCGCUCCGAAGACAGAUUCUGAUAGCAAUUCGCCCACCGAAAGUCUCAACGGGCAAAGUCCCGCCUAUGGUUUUAUCGAAACCCCAGGCGAUCCGGAUAGACACGUUGAUGGAGCUUUCGGUGAAUAUCAAAUCCUUGGCCAGGCCGGCACAUCAAGUAUUCAAGAGACAUCUCCCCUGUCUUCAGAUUUGGAGAAUUUCCACCCGAUUCACAGUUUAAACGUCCUUGAUGGAGCGCUGCCGCCAUCCGGCGCCUUGCUUGGGCUCGAUCAGACGAAUUCCUCUGCUCCGAUCACCUCGGAUCAUCUCCUUUUCCCAAUCUCAUCACCACUCGACCCAAACUCCCUCUCCCAUCACUUUCUACCC